GGAAGAGGCUGAUACGGGAGACCGUGCAUUGGGAAGUGCCGAGAGACAGAGAAAGAAAGUGGAUCUGGAAGAAAAAAAUGAGGCAUGCUAUGUUCUACAGCUUCUCCAAAAGGAACAUGUAAAAACUAUAUAACUGGUUGAAGUUUAGGAGGAAGUAAACAUUGUUUAAAUGCCAGGUGCUCAAUUCUAAAAUGAAGCUUCAGUCCACAAGCUGGGGAGCUUUUGAAAACAAGCAAGCGAGCCAAGGAGGAAAGGAUGCAAAAUGUGAGUUGAAGAGAACUUUGAUUUCAACCUCCGGAUAUUAUUGACUUUUAAUAAGGUUUUUUAUGAAGAUUCUUCCACCUUUAUAAGCUGCACCAAUGUCACGUUAUAGAUACUUCAUAUUUAACCAGCGUGGUAUGAUUCCACUGGGAAUUCUGCAGAUAGCUUGUUCUACUGUCUGUGUAGUGUGUGGCUUCAUAGAUGGAUCAAUGAGGAAGGAUUCGAUACUCCGCCGGACCAAAAUACCCAUCUGGACAGGCAUGGCGAUGGCACUUCCAGGAGUUUUGGCAUUAUUUUCCGCUCAGAAAAAAAAUCCCAUUCUUGUACAUGCUGUGGUUGGAUCAGCUAUACUUUCUUGGAUAACCACAACUAUUUUAAUAAUAUAUGCGGCAUUGACAUUGAGUUAUGGUGAAGAUGAUGAUGAAGUGUUCCAGCAUAAACCCAGCUAUGUCAUACACGUGGAAUAUAUACUCAGUAAACUUGUUCAAGGAGCCAAUAUGACCAUACUACUGGCAUCUGUGGUUGGUAUUCUGAUGACAACCAUCAUAGUGUACCUUGGUUGUAGAAGCCUCCCCAUCUGUGGCUGCUUUGACAGUAUAACUGGAAUGCAGCCAUUGAUGACAGAAAACCAUCAACCUCAGAUGAUUGAGUUAAUCAGUAUCCAGCAAAAUGGUGGUGCUCAGCGAAUCCUAAAUGAUCCGGUACUGUAUGAUGGGAAUGGAGAGAAAGAGGAGGCAGAACUGAUGUCAAAGUCAACAGCAUCCUACAUGCUACUUUCUUAAAAUCAACUUUAAUCACGUGUGGUUGC